CGAAUCCGCAUCCUGACGAGUCACCAACAACGUCGUGGCGGGAGGUAUAUAAGGGGUGACGCGACGACCGAAAGGCAUGGCACUUGCUCUCCUGACAUCUAGUCGGAAGAGAGAACCAGCAUGAACGCUCUGAAGGCUGUCGUGUUCCUCGGCCUCUUGGCCACCUCCUUCGCUGGCCAGGUCGGCUAUGGCGGCCUCGGCUACGGCUACGGAGGCCUCGGCUACGGCUACGGUGGCCUCUCCUACGGCACUGGCGUCGGCCACGUGCUCGGCGGAGGCCUCGCCCUCGGCCACGCCGUCGCUGCUCCGGCUGCUGUGACCACCGCCGUCCACCACGCCCCGGCUGUGGCCACUUACGCCGCUCCCGCCGUAACCGCCGUCCACCACGCUCCGGCCGUCUCCUACGCCGCCGCCCCAGUGGCCGUUGCCCGCCCCGCCGUUACCGUCGCUCGCCAGGCCUACACCGUCGCUGCUGCCCCAGCUGUCAGCUACGCCUCGUACGCCGCUCCCGCCGUAGCCGCCGUCCACCACGCUCCGGCCGUCUCCUACGCCGCCGCCCCAGUGGCCGUUGCCCGCCCCGCAGUUACGUACGCCCGCCAGGCCUACGCCGUCGCUGCUGCCCCAGCUGUCAGCUACGCCUCGUACGCCGCUCCCGCUGUCGCCGCCGUCCACCACGCUCCGGCAGUCUCCUACGCCGCCGCCCCUGUGGCCGUUGCCCGCCCCGCCGUGGCCGUCGCCCGCCCGGCUGUUAGCUACGCCGCCUACUCUGCUCCAGCUGUAACCGCCGUCCACCACGCUCCGGCCGUUUCCUACGCCGCUCCCGCCGUUUCGUACGCUCGCCCCGCUGUCAGCUACGCCUCCUACGCCGCUCCCGCCGUUGCUGUCGCCCGUCCCGCUGUGGCUGCCGUCCACGCUGCCCCAGCCGUGACCGCCGUCCACCACGCUCCGGCCGUGUCCUACGCCGCUGCUCCCGCCGUGGCUGCGGUGCACGCUGCCCCAGCUGUCGGCUACGGCACCGCCCUCGGCUACGGCUCCACCUUCGGCCACGUCCUCGGCGGUGGUCUCGCCCUCGGACACGCUGUCGCUGCCCCAGCUGCCGUCUCCCACACCGUUCACCACGCCACUCCGGCUUUCGCCAGCCGCCCCAGUUGCCACCUACGGUGUUGGCUACGGCCAUGGCCUGGGCUACGGUCUCGGAUACCAUGGCCUCGGCUACGGUCUGAGCUCCGGCUACGCUCUUGGUGGCUACAACUACGGCCUCGGUGGCUACAGCUACGCCCUCCACAAGAAGAAGUAAAUGUUGAGACCAAGGAGAUAGACGACACCACUAGGAAGGAUCACGUCAGGACCGGCUGGCAAGACCUGCACUUCAGACUAUUUAUGCUGGUUCUCCGUGUUCCGAUAAUAAAAGGUUGUCAGAUUGAUAACAAUAUGGGCUCUACUUUAUUUGUUUUUGCCGACUCCUUCGGCUUACUGUCGUGA